AUGGGAGGUGGGAGGUGUACAUCCUUACUAUCCAGAUUUACCCCUUGCGAAGCAAGGCAUUUUGCACUCCCCAGUUUGGCUGAUAUAUAUAAAGACCACCCAAGCAGUCCAAGCAGCGCACACACACACACUUGCCUCCUUCUAGUUCACUUACUAGGUUCUGAGUUCUCGCCCCCACUGAAAAUGGCGAGCGUGAAGGUUUUCGGGUCACCCACCUCGGCGGAGGUCGCACGCGUGCUCAUGUGCCUCUUCGAGAAGGAGGUCGAGUUCCAGCUCAUCCGCGUCGACGCGUACCGCGGCCCCAAGCGCAUGCCCCAGUACCUCAAGCUCCAGCCGCACGGCGAGGCGCUCACCUUUGAGGAUGACAACCUUACCCUCUCCGAGUCGCGGGGGAUCCUUCGCCAUAUCUCGCACAAGUACGCGAAGCAGGGCGACCCGUACCUGAUCGGCACGGGCGCGCUGGAGCGCGCAUCCAUCGAGCAGUGGCUGCAGACGGAGGCGCAGAGCUUCGACGUGCCCAGCACCGAGAUGGUCUACAGCCUGGCCUUCCUGCCGCCCUCCCUGCCCAAGCAGAACGACAACGGCAACGGCAACGGCAACGGCGAGGACGUCACCGUGGCCAACGCGUCAACCAAGCGCGUGGUGGCCGGGCCGGAGGGGGCGUACCAGGUGAGCGCGCACAAGGAGGAGGAGAUGCUGAAGCUGUUCGAGCAGAGGAAGAAGGACCUGGAGAAGCUCCUGGACAUCUACGAGCAGCGCCUGGAGGAGGCCCAGUUCCUGGCCGGCGAUAACUUCACCAUCGCCGACCUGUCGCACCUGCCCAACGCCGACCGCCUCGUCUCCGACCCCCGUUCCCGCCGCAUGUUCGAGUCGCGCAAGAAUGUCAGCAGGUGGUGGUGCGACAUCUCCAACCGUAAGACGUGGCAAUACGUGAAGAGCCUGCAGCACCCGCCGUCCGCCAACACCAACGUCAAUGCCAAGAGCGACCAGCAGCCGCGCCUGCCGUCCGCUGAGGAGAACGGCAGGAAGAAACAGAACCAGUACCAGCACUAGCCGUGCGCCGCGCAGAUUACGAGUGAAUUCGAUCGCAACAAGUCGCUUAAUCUGUUUUCUGCUGUUAACUGUGUCCUUUUCAUAUGCGUCGUCAUGGCGUAUUCGAGUUCGUUGCAGUCUGUUUGUGUUUGAAGUUUCGUUAGUGCAGGGGUCUACAAGUCCAUUCGCCUUCUGCUGAAUUACCACAGCGUGUCGUGUUCAUCGUGUAAUAAAAUGUAAGCCCCGUCCUUCUUGAGUGAAGUUUCCGUGUCGUGUGAAAUUUU